UUUUAAUGCCCUAGCAGUCUUAAAAGUGGAGAAAGAUCUAUCUCACUUAUGGAUAACAUUAGAUAUCAAUCAUUGUCCGCUCUUUUCGAAAAUUCUUCUAUUAUGGAAAUAAAGGAUAUAAGAACUUUGCUUGUUAAUUACUAUGUUUCGUAUUGGCCUGGUCCAGCUAGCCGUCACAGCCAACAAGUUGCAGAACUUGCAGAGAGCAAGAGAGAAAAUCAAAGAGGCAGUUGCAGCUGGCGCCAAGAUUGUUGCUUUGCCAGAGUGCUUCAACUCACCAUAUGGUACCCAGUACUUUAAGGACUAUGCUGAGGAAAUCCCGGGGGAAAGCUCCAACAUGCUAGCAGAGGUUGCCAAGGAAACUGGGGCAUAUAUUGUCGGAGGGUCCAUCCCUGAACGGGCCAGUAACAGAAAGCUCUAUAACACAUCUCUCUCCUAUGAUCCGUCAGGAAACUUGAUGGGAAAGCACAGGAAGAUUCACUUGUUUGACAUUGAUGUCCCAGGCAAGAUUCGAUUUCAAGAAUCAGAAGUUCUCUCUCCUGGGGAAAAUCUCACCAUACUAGACACAGAAUAUUGCAAAAUUGGAAUUGGUAUCUGCUACGACAUGCGAUUUCCUGAGUUGGCACAGUUAUAUGCUAAAAAGGGCUGUCAUCUCUUGCUCUAUCCUGGUGCAUUCAACAUGACAACUGGGCCAGCACACUGGGAGCUCUUGACAAGAGCAAGAGCACUGGACAAUCAGUUAUAUGUAGCCACAAUAUCUCCUGCCCGGGAUGACAAUGCUACCUAUAUCGCUUGGGGACACUCCACUGUCGUAAACCCUUGGGGAAAAAUUGUGUCAAAAGCCGAUCAUACUGAGCAGAUUUUAUAUGCUGAAAUUGAUCUGAAAUAUCUAAAUGAGGUGCGCUCACAGAUACCAGUUCAGUCCCAAAAGCGAGAUGAUGUGUACGAACUACAAGGGAAAUGAAUACUCCUGACAAUCAUGGAUAUUCUUAGCAAAGAUAACGGCACUGCUGCCCCCAUGUUACAUAAUGUUAUGACCCUGGGUAGUCAUGGGUAUAAAAAAGGUUGAUAACUAGUAUUUUUUGUAUUCAGGGAUUUAUUAAUCCCUGUCCUUUUGUUAACAUGGACACUAUAGUUCAAGUGUCCUACAAAGGAAACAGCUGAGUUAUAGGUGUUGUAAGAUGCCCAAAUAGCCAAAAUAUUUCUCUAUAGAUACUUUAAAAAUACCAAUAAUUAAUUAGAAAUACUGAGAGACUGUGUAAGUAGUAAUCGAGUAAUUAAUUAUUAUAGGAAUAUUCUCAUAACUAUUAGUGACGUUUUUUAGAAAUGAAUUUAACUUGACUCUACUCCUGCAAAUCCUAUCUGAAUAGUUUAUUAGAAGGACAAUAGGAUAGAUCUGUGUACAAGAAAGGUGACUUGGAUAUGUCCGUUGGUUCUCACCAGCAUGUUUGCACUUGCGUCCAUUGAGACCCAAACUUUGUUGAUACAUCAUGUUAAUACAAUGCGGGCUCUCGAUAACAUUAGCUUGCAGACUUGUUUGAGAUGUCACAAGGUGCUGUGACGUCAUUGGAUGGCCUGGAUGUCCAUGACUCCCUUGUCCCAGUUCUUCUGAGUCUCCAGGUCAUUCUGAAUGCCCUGCUCUUUGCCGAUAGUAUAGCUGACAAUAUAUGCAAGUAUGGUGAGGCCUGUUCUUGUAUUGAAAAUGUUCUUUUAGGAUUUCUUAAGAAUUUCCUAAGAGUUCCUAAAUUGUAGAACUUCAAAUCUUCUUCCUAACAUUUUCAUAUCCAAAUUAUUCCGAUUUUCUGGUCUACUGCUUAUACUAGGAAAUCCUAGGAAUUUUUAGGAAGUUUAAUCAUAUUUUGUUGUUUUGAUCGAACUUAGGAAAUCUUAGGAAACUCCUAGGCACAGGGUAGAGUUUUUUGUCUCAAUACCAAUAAAUACGAUAAAUUAUUUUUUUUAUCUUUUGUCUUAUAUAAUAAAGACUAUCGUUUUCCUUCUUAAA